CUGUUUUACAGCACUGCAAAGGCUUCAAGAGAACGCUUUUUUCUUGUAAAAAUUUUUAGCAAACUAUAAAUCACAAACAUAUAUUUSCAUUGCCAUGUCCGAAAAUAAUGAGGCGUCGGUUGAAGCAAACUGCUUCAGAGGCGGCUUUACUUUGAAAGCAUCACGUCUUGGCGGAGCUGUGCUGCGACCACCUGUGCUUGGCGACAGUUCUGUAAUAAGUUCGGCUCAUAUUAAUACCAACAGCAACAAUAAUAGUUCGACAGCAUUAGCCGGCGGAAGCGAGAAGUCUGAUGAGGAUGGUAUUGUAGGUAAUCCGUUUUUACGCGAGCAAAGGGAAGAUGAAGAUGAUGUCGCCGCUCAAGUGGUGGAGUCCACUGAGAAUAUUGAUAAGGAUGAUGAUGAAAUCGACGAGCGGCCGGAUCCGCUCUCAAUGCUGCGCAAUAACGGCAUUGAGCGCUCCAACAUAUUUGCUGCAGCUAAAACAACUUUGCCGCGUGUUGAGACAAGUGGAUUUAUUUUCGGCCAGAAUGUGCACGAGCGAGUCGUGGGGGAAAAUCUGAGCACAGAAUCAAGUGCGGAAGCUGCCUCAUCUGGAACAGCGGAAGCUACCUCAUCGCAGUUGCUAUUUUCCAGCGUCAUUCAGAAAGCUGCUAAAUCGACAGACAACAACAAGGAGACGUCGGAGGCAAAGAGCCUGAACGACGUGGCCCGUGAAUACGAGGAGAGCCGUGCUCAGAAACGGAAAUAUGAAGAGGUGGAGACCUUUACCGGCGAGGAAAAUGAAAUCAAUAUUGCCGAUGUUAGCUGCAAGUUAUUUGCAUUUGUCAACAGCAAUUGGGAGGAGCGCGGACGCGGUAGUCUACGUCUAAACGAUGCCAAGGAUGAGCAUGACUGCUCACGCGUCGUUUUUCGCACAUCGGGCAACUUACGCUUGCUAUUAAACACUAAAGUUUGGGCUGCAAUGGUGGCCGAACGAGCCAGCCAGAAAUCGCUACGUCUAACUGCCAUGGACAAUACGGGUACCGUUAAGAUCUUUUUGGCCAUGGGUCGACCUGCAGACAUUGCACAGGUGCACAAAGCGCUGAGCGAGCGCAUUGCCAAGCGCAAGCUGACGCAUCCAGAGGAGUGUGCUGUGGUCGAAGCCAAAAAUGGACUUUCAUCUGAAGCCUGUGCUGUCAACGUACAGCCGGAGUCAACAACCAACGAUGACGAUGAGGAUGAAGCUGUGGGUGCUGUGGCUGACCCAGUGCCAGCCACUGGUUCCACCACAGCCAUUGCCGAAGCGGAUAGCAACGAGCCCAGCCCAAAGAAGGCGCUCAUGCUGGCGGACAGCAGCGUGGAUGUGGUCGUGCCAGCGGCAGAUAAUGAUGCUGAGGCAGAA